AUUAGAAGAAUGCUAAUGGAUGUCCACGUUAACAGUUUUAGGAUGUUUAGCAAUGAAGAUGUGACCAUUGGAGCAUGGAUGUUGGCUAUGAAUGUUGACCAUGAAGAUAAUCGCGAACUUUGUUCUCCUCAGUGUACAUCAACUUCUAUAGCUGUAUGGGAUAUACCAAGGUGUUCUGGUCUUUGUAACCCAGUUGAUAGACUACUGGAGCUCCACAAAAAUGCAUCAUGUACAAGGAAUCCAACAUUACCACCUAGCAAGCAGCGAUGAAAAUUCUUACUAAUAUGGAUUUUCAAUGUGUUAUCAGGAUCUUGAUCAUUAGGAGAGGAACAUUGUCCACAUGUAUCAUAUGAUUUAUUAUUCUAAGCAUGUUAAGCAAAUUCCCUGUUUCUUUGGGUUCUUCAGUAAGCAAGCAGCCUAUUAUUCAGGAUGCUCCCUGUUGCUUUAAGGGGCUCAUAUGAGCAGCGCUUUCUGAAAUUCUUCUAUUUUUGUGUGGCAUGUAACACAUUUUUGGUUGAUUAUUUAUUUGAAAGAAGUAUUUUAUUGCCA